AUGCCUCUUGAGAACCUAGAGGAUGAAGGUCUUGAGAAGAAUCCAAAUCUGAAAUUGGCAUUAUGGAAGUUUCUGUUAAGUUUACCUGACCACAGUGGAGACAAGAAGCUUCAGUCUAAACUUCUGGAAGCAAUCGUCGGAGAAAAUAUGGCACCAUUUUAUGAAGAAGUUUGUCGGGACUCGGACUGGAAAGUUGACCAAACCCUACUUGCCAAAAUGAAAAGUGCUAAUGAAGAAAAAUUGAAAGAACUGGAGGAAACAAUUGAAGAUGCUGAGAAGAAUCUGAGUGAAAUGGAAGUUAGAGAAGCAAAUUUAAAGAAGUCUGAAUAUCUGUGUCGGAUUGGAGAUAAGGAAGGAGCACUGUCUGCUUUCAGAAAGACAUAUGAUAAAACAGUCUCACUGGGUCACAGGUUGGAUAUUGUCUUUCAUCUUAUUCGUAUUGGUCUUUUCUAUUUAGAUCAUGACCUAAUAACAAGAAAUAUUGAAAAAGCAAAGAGUCUUAUAGAGGAAGGUGGUGAUUGGGACCGUAGGAAUAGAUUGAAGGUCUACCAAGGAACUUACUGCAUUGUUGUUCGUGACUUCAAAGCAGCUGCAAAUUUCUUUCUUGAUACUAUUUCCACAUUCACAUCAUAUGAACUGAUGGACUAUGAGACUUUUGUUCGGUACACAGUGUACAUCAGCAUGAUAUCUUUACCUCGAAAUGAGCUUCGGGACAAGAUAAUAAAAGGAUCUGAAAUUUUGGAAGUUCUUCACACAAAUCAAGAUGUAAAAAAUUAUUUGUUCUCCCUGUAUAACUGCCAGUAUGCCGACUUCUUUAAGUAUCUAGCAUAUGUAGAAGGACUAUUGAGGCGUGAUUAUUUCAUCUACCCCCAUUAUCGGUACUAUGUACGUGAAAUGAGAAUCAUGGCUUACACACAACUUCUUGAAUCUUAUCGGAGCCUUACUCUGGAAUACAUGGCUGAUGCAUUUGGUGUUACUCCUGAGUACAUUGACCAGGAACUAUCACGUUACAUAGCGGCAGGCCGAUUACACUGUAAGGUGGACAAAGUUGGAGGUAUUGUUGAAACAAAUCGACCAGAUUCAAAGAACUGGCAGUAUCAAGCUACAAUCAAGCAAGGAGACAUUCUUCUGAAUCGUGUACAGAAGCUUUCCAGAGUAAUCAACAUUUAGAGACAAGUGUGUGGCAAAGAAGUUUGAUUACGAUUAUAUAAUACUAACCUUCUAAGGACAUAUUAAUAAAGUUUUGCCUGAAUUCUUGUUA